AUGAUCAACGCUACGUCUUGCCAAAAUGCUUUGGAUUUACUUAAACCUGAUGAGAAGAAUGGUAGAAUUGUUCGUGAUGAAUCAGCUUAUCAACUCACUUGUGGUACAUGCAAGGUUGAAUAUUGUGACCAUGAACCACGGAGCAUUGAACAUGUUGCGAGCACUAACAAGCGUGAUUACACUUUUAUCAUACGUUUCAGUGAUGCAGCCACAGUCCAAACCGAGUUGACUGCUCUUCUAGCAAAGUGUCCAGGAGAUGUGAGUAAAGCUCUUAAUGAUAAACUUCAUAUCACUGCGCUUACUUUUGCUCAUCAUCCAUCUUUUUUCGGUACUAUCAGGGCGCUUCAGUUCUCAUUCCACAUGGCUCAGAUCUUCACACAACUUCAGAUCGAGCUGCUGCUAAGCUAA